AAAGGCCAUGACAAAAGAGGGAGCGAGGCAUCGUAAAUGAUCAAAAGUGAUUUAUUUAACAAAAGAAUAAACUAAACAGAACUUAACUAACUUAAAUAAACCCAAAACAAAAUGUGGAAGGUGGGGUGAUGAGGCCAUGGCUGAGGUCUGGAUGGUAGUGAAGAGAGAGGAGUCUAGUCCGACCAGGUGGAGCUGUAUCAGCUCCCAGGUGCACCAGAUCUGCAAUCAACUCAAACAAAGAUGGAAACAAAGAUGGGUAAGACCAGAGAGGCAUCACUCCCACAGAGAGGCCCUGCCAGAUUACACAGGGCCGUCACACAAGCAAUCCAUUAAUUGAUUGUUUGUAAAGAAUUAAAACUGAAAAAGAAAAUACCAUCUGAAACAUGAGGUGAAUAUAUGUUUUCAAAUGCACUUAUGUAAUUGAACACAGGGUGGAGCAAUAACGUAGGAAGUGCAGCUAUGUGUAGAAGACUGAGGACCAAGUCAACCUGCAGACAGAACUGACUGAACUGAAAAGUGUGAUGACACAAGAAUGUUUCAAAUCUGCUCAACAUUUGGUGGAAAGCUGGAGGAACCAAACUCCACCUGACCCCAAGGAUAUACACCAAAUCUUCUCUGCUUUCAUUUUGCUGAUUUCUGACAAAGACUCAGAGUUUUCCAUAAAGGUGGAGGAUCAGUGGAGCUACACAGCUCUGUCUGAACAGAACACUGACGCCACAGUGAAGGUGUUCCUGGUCAUCACUGGUCAGACCUUUAGAGCUGAUCAGGUCCUACUGGAACAAGUGAAGAACAUGGGACGGUCAUCAACAUGGAAGGUGGAGACCACUAAGAACCUGCAGGAAUGUGACGUCAUCAUCGUCUUCUGUCCAAUCCUGUCUCGUGUUGGAUCAGAUGUGGAGGCAGCCAUGAGAGAGGAUUCAGUGUCAUCUGGAGGUAAACCAGUCAUUCUAGUGCUGAUGCAUCACACCAGAGACCCCGACUAUUCAACCGAUGUCAGAAGAUGGUCUGAAACCUUUCAGAACGUCGUGUUGGAUGUUCACGUUCUCUUCCACGAGACUCAGCCGGGAUUACUGCGCUGUUCAAGAAAUGACCGGGCCGUCAAACUAAUACAAGAAGAGUUAAAGAAACAUUAGGUAGUGGUAAUGAUCUUUGACCUAGUUUUAGUGGCUUAAUUAGUAAAUUUGGAACAUCAAGCAACAGAACAGCCCUUAUUAAUUACUGAAGCCAGAGAAUAUAAGUUUUUUUUUAAUUUCCUCCUGAAAUAGUUAAAUAUAAACAAUGAUCAUAGAUGUCAAAUGUUCUUCAUGAAUCAUCUGCUGUAUAAAACUUCAUCUAGGAGGUUCAGCAGUUUGUAAAAAUCAUUCAGUUUAUGUUUUUAACAGAGAAACAGGUUCAUGUGUCUGUAGCCUGUGUUGUCACUGUCGCACAAGAAAAUUAAUAUAAUUAAAUGCUUUAAAUGUUUAAAAUAUCAGCUUCAUAACAGGUCAUAUCAAUGUGAUUUCUCAAUCAACCAAUUAAUGUGUGAAUGCAGCGGUCCCGUGGUAGUGCCGUGGCGUCAGAUAAGGGGGGUGAAGGAUUUUAUUUCCAUUAGGAGCUGCAGUAGCUGCACACCAACAACCACCAGGGGGCACAUGUGAGCAGCCCAGAUGCUGUCGACCUGUUAGCAGACUGAGGAACAGAGGAAUGGAGUGACAGUAUUUGGAAACGAGUCAGGACAAUGUUUAACUGUCUCCCAGGCCUGUACAGUAAACUUACACAUUAAAGAGUCUUAAUUUCA